UCUUGUGCUAUCAUUCCUUCACUGCUUGAGAGGUUGUCGUUGUUGUACACUUACGCUCACGUGGAGAAGGCUUAUAGGUCAAAUUCGUCUUCUUUGCUGAAGAGUUCCACGAGUUUUUCUACCUCAACAUAGAAGAGUCACUUUUUGUAGAAGGCUGUCAAAAUGGUUCCAGAGCAACAGACCGUUUUGCGACAGGACGGACUUAGUAUGGAGACACAGCCCCUUCACAAGGAGUUUAAGGAGUUUCCGGAGAAAGAUUAUUCUUUGAAAAUUGAAACGGAGGAGGACAGCGAUGACAUGGACGAGAAGCGACUCGGGAGAAAACGUAUGUAUGAUUAUGACAAUGAUUCCCUCCCUAACGCUAAAAAAGCUCGGUCUAAGAAGAGUCCACAAACCCCUGAAGAUUUGCAGACUCAGCGGUCUCUUGCCAAUGUCCGAGAACGGCAAAGGACACAGUCAUUGAAUGAAGCGUUUUCGUCUCUCCGGAAGAUUAUUCCCACCUUACCCUCCGACAAAUUGAGUAAAAUACAAACAUUGAAGCUUGCAUCCAGAUAUAUUGACUUUUUGUACCAAGUUUUGAGAAGUGAAGACGUUGAUUCAAAGUUAGCAAGUAGCUGCUCAUACGUUGCCCACGAAAGACUAAGCUAUGCGUUUUCUGUAUGGCGGAUGGAGGGGGCGUGGUCGGUUAACGGUCAUUGAAGACGGACCUUGUGAGUGACCAUUAAAUCUUCGAUCUCUACGAGGGAGGAAAAAAGUAAGAUCUCUACAAGAUUUGAAGGGAAAUCUAUUCCAAGGACGGGAGGCUUCAAGAAUGACCAUUCUUGAAAUGACCAUGGAGGAACAGACAUUUGGAGAUUUAACCCUCGAAUCCCGAUCUCAAAUUCAUUCCAAGCCCGCCGCGAGCAGAGAGUGUUUUGGAACUUGAUACACCGCUAAUCUAUUGCGACAGAGGACCUCGAUGACAGGGCGCUAUUGGUAAGAAAGCAAGACACGAAGGCACUGGUCUGAAAUGACAUUUGUUUAUGCGUGACUAUCGCAUAAUGACACAACAGGUGAUAAUACAGUCACGUGAGCAUAAUGACAUUUAGUUGGCCUUUCUGUAAGAUCCCCAGAAUGAAGGAUGGUUUCCCAAGUGUUGUGUGAAUGUGAUUGAUUGAAACUGACAUGAAAUGAACACUGAAAUCGGCAAGAUUUUGGAAGUGAUUAUUGUGCUAAAGUGUUAUGUGACAGCCCGUGAAAAUGACUUUAUGAAAGUGGUAUGACACCUUUCUCAUGAAAUGUACAUAAAUAUGUACAUACAAAUAUGUUAUAAUGAGCAACUGGGGAAAUAUUGGUGAAUAUCCUCGUCACGAUCAGCUGACACCCAAGCACCAGAGACAUCUAUGUGUUAGUAUCAGGAAAACGCUUUCCAGAAUGCGAGUUGUUGAUAAUAUUAAUUCUGAUUUUAGUUGACAAUCCUAUUGUUUGUGCAUUCCAAGUUAUUGAGACUUUUGAUAAAAAUGUGUGCAGUUA